ACAAGGCGAAGCAAAUCCUUAUUAGUUUGGUGACAUUGGACGAGGGAAGCCGUCAAAAUUACGGACCAACAGAAAGUAGAGGUUAAGGCGGGCUUAGCCACAAUGGGCAGCCCGCUACCGCAUAUUAUGGAAAGCAUGGACGACCUGGGUGGCAAGCCCAAGGAUAGGCUCGUUACCAUUCUCGAUCGCAUCGAAAUGCACGUUGAACAGCUGCGCAAGGAUGCGCUGAGGAUCGAGGAGGAAAAGGACACUUUGCUGACAACCCUCGAUACGCUGCGUAAUAACGACGCGGUCGUGAAUCUCGAGGACACUGAUAGAGACGAUGUUUUAAGAUACGCAGAAAGGCUGUCUAGAAGAUGUUUAACCGUUGAUGUUCUUGUAAAAAUCCAUCGUGAUGAUAUACAGCAGGAUGCUUUGCAUCAGGUUAACGGACUUAUAGACAGUUUGGUUAUUAACCUACGUAAUGAUCCUAGCGGAACGAGGCAACGAUGCGCUUACUUUAUGAACGCGUGUUCGUCGCAAUCUAGUGGACACUCCGAUAAAACUUUUGAAACAGCUAUAUUAGGAUGCACUCUUGACGAUCAAAAAAAAAUUAAAAAAAGAUUACAGGGAUUAUUGGAUUACAUAGAUAAAGCACACACUAUUACGUUGGAAUAGAGUAUAAUUAGUUUGAGAAAAAGACUUGAACUUUACAUUUUGGAUAAGCAUAUAUACUUUAUUCAAGCUAUAGUAUAAAUACUACAGAAAUUUUAUCCUGAGAUAAAAUGUUGAUAAAUCUUGAGUAAAACAGUUUGAAACGUGUUCAUUAUAAAGUUUUUUAUUUUAAUAGCACUUGUAUCUAAUACUUUGCUCAAAUAUUUAUCAAUACAUUAAUUUAUAUGAAUAAAUAAUUGAAUAAAUAAACAUGAGUAAAUGAAUUAAGGUUUGUUGUCUUACGAUGAAACAAAGUAUUCACGUUGCUUUGAAAAUGUACGUUGAAAUUUCAAAUUAUUAAUAUACGAAAUUGUUAAUAUAAUACAUAAUACUUAAAGAAAUUGUUGAACAUAAGCGCUGGUUAAAUAGAUAAAACUAUAUCAUCAAUUUAAAUCGUAUAAUCUGAAAUGUCUACAUAAGUACAUUCCUCUGUAAUAUGUCACUGAUUAAUUGUUUUAAUAAAAAAAAUUAUAUUAUAAUUCAA